AUGCACUGCCUGCGUUUUGACUCUGCACACUGGGCAGCAGUGAGCGCGGACAGAGCUACCCGGAAGUCUGUUUCAAUUACAUCAAAGUUUUGGAGAAAGUGGCAGCGACAGAAGCAGCAGCUGGACCCCGGAGGACCCAGUAGGACCGAGGAGGACCCCGGAGGACCCCUGACGAACCCUGACACCGCAGACAGAGCCCUGCCCUGUGCCCAGCGCUGCUCUCUAGACAGGUCCAGGAUUCUACCAAAUUGA